AUGAGUGACUAUGAGGUCACGCUGGUCAACGAUAACAGUAUGCCUCUUUCUUUGCAAGAGUUCUACGUCAGAUUUAAGGGCCCUGAAGAGACUCCUUUCCAAGGCGGCCUCUGGAAGAUCCAUGUCGAGCUCCCCGACCAGUAUCCCUACAAGAGCCCUAGCAUCGGCUUCGUGAACAGGAUAUUUCACCCCAACAUCGAUGAACUCUCCGGCUCCGUCUGCCUCGAUGUCAUAAACCAAACCUGGUCCCCCAUGUACGACAUGAUCAACAUCUUCGAAGUCUUCCUCCCGCAACUCCUCCGCUACCCAAACCCCACCGACCCUCUCAACGGCGAAGCAGCCGCGCUGCUCAUGCGGGAGCCCAAGAGCUACGAAGUUAAAGUUAAGGAGUAUGUGCAGAAAUACGCCUCGAAAGACAUCUCGGAGGACUCGGAUCAAGACAACGACGAUGACGACGAAAUGAGCUCCGUAGGGAGUUACGAGUCGGGUGAUGAGGAUGAGGCAGCGGGGAAUAUGGACGACAUUUAG